CCUAAGCAUAUGACCCAACGCAACCAGCGAUUCGUUCGUAUUCAUUGAAGAUCAGCAGUUUAGUUAAGACGAGCCUUCAGAAAUUUCUACCGAAUCCUAUGCCGCGAGGGAAUUAGGAAGGAUGGCGCAGCUCCUUGCGCUCCAGCUUAUUGAGGCUUAUGUCGUUCUCAGACGCCUGCUAGACUUUUAUGCGACUCUGCGAUAGUCUUUGUCGAUCCCUUGAUUGGCCUAUAAUAUUCUAUUAUUGACAUAGCGCCUAUAGAUAUUACGGGUUAUUCUUUACGAUAAUCCCUUCACAUGUGGGCCAUUCCCUGCAAUAGGUUACACGUUUAGGUAAACCAUUACACUUAUUUUAUAUUAAUAACGGGUAGUGGCUAACACUAUGCCAAUCAAGAGCACGCAAUAUGUUCGCCCAGCCGCAUCCAAAAUCUCACUGUACGUCACUGAGCUGAGAUUAAGCCGACUAUCAAAAGACAAAAAAAGGAAAUGUGCCCCAGAUAAGUUCAGGCAACUAAGAAUCCCUACAAUGUAGGAAAUCGAAUGAGACUUAUCUAAGGUGGUGUGGGAAUCUCGUCUCUUCCUCCAACAUCGAGCUAUUCCCUCAGAUUGCGAUGUAUCUCGAUGGCAUCAGUAGGAUACUCCCAUGGUUCAGAACCAUACAGCACGCUCGAAGUGCGUAGCGUAGAGGCAUCGAACUCCCAAGCUCUUGAAGGUUCGAAUAAAGAAGUGUUGUCUAACCCGGAUCAAGAGUAUCCGCAGGUUGUCGACCCACAGCCUCAGACGGCAUGGAGCACACCAAAGCCAGAAACCCCCUAUACGGAUAAAGAGGCGACAGCCGUUCAGGGACAGACCGACCGGGCUGCGAAGCGAACGAUAUGCGGGUUGUCACCGCGCAUAUUCUACAUCAUUCUAGCUGGAGUGAUAUUGAUUGUUAUCGGUGCUAUCGUUGGAGGCGUCGCUGGGGGAGUAACUGGGAAGAGGAAUUCGUGGAACCCAUCAAGCCCAUCAUCAUCUUCAGGCCAAGAUACGACGGCGAACGUAAAUAUCCUCAGCGAAUCAAAGAUCGCGGCUUCCAAUUGGACGGACCCGUCAGGCAAUACUCACAGGAGCGUGUUCUUCCAAGACCCGUCCAACGCGAUCAUCGCCCGGCAAUGGGACUCGGAGAACAAGACGUGGACGACGCGCAACGUCAGCCAGUUCAUGCAGUCGUCAACGUCCGGGCCCAUCAACCCCAAUCCGGGAACGUCGCUGACGAGCGCGUCGUGCGAUAGCAAAUGGGGGUCCUUGUACGAGGUCCACCUCUUCUUCUCGGAGCCCGGAGAACAGAACGACGUCAUCAGUUGGGUGAACUCGAACAACCCGAUCAACAACCCGAACUUCUGGGUGUACAACAACUCGGCCUUGCCGACGUGGAACGGCACCCAGCUGGCGGCGGCCUGGCAGCGCUGCCCGAACGACAGCUGCGUCGGGUCCUGGACGGUGGCGUACCAGGGGCGAGAGGGCUAUAUCAGAGUCGCGAACUCGUCGAAUUGGGGCAAUAACACGACGCCGGUGAUCAGGACUAAUGCUGUUUCUGCCGGAGCGAGCAUGGCCCUAGUGCCGGCAUUGAUGGGGUCCUACGUCGAUGGAAUGACGCUGGCGACGCAGAGGCGGCCAGGGUCUAUGGGCAGAACAACGUUCCUAGGAGAUUGGAAUUGGAAAGAAGAUGACGGCACGAUAAUAGACGAUGUCGACCCCUUGAAAACGCGGCAGUUCGCCGCCACGACGAUGAAUAAUUUCACCGAAUCCUUCUUCGUUAGUCUAUCUACCGACGGCAGCAUAACGGGGUCUCGAUGGGAUGGGAACGCGUAUACCGCCGUACCGAAGAUUAUCUUCGCUCAGGGGCAGUCGACGAAUUUCUCGGCCAUUGCGAUGACGGAGGACGCGAUGUUUUACGGGAUUUCUGAGGACCAGAUCUGGGAGUACUCCGUCGACACGUCGGAUCCGUCUACUUUUACAUUUGCUGGCAAAGUAUACCCUUAAUAGAUAAGACGUAAUUGAAAUUUGAGACAGAAAGUCUAUUGUAUUUUCAACGGAACUCAACACGUAACAGCUGUUAAAUAUGGCUGCAGUGCCAGUCUUCUGCGGAACUGUCCGAUUUUCUCACCAAAAGUCGCUGGAACUCAUUGACUUCACAGCGCAAUUGAAAACCACAAAUAAACUUAUGAAACCAAAAUCAAACAUGUCCAUAAAAGACUAACUUAAAUUCAUUAUAAUAACAUAAUCUAACCUCGUC